AUAUUUACGGACACUGAGAUGAAUGAGCAAUACCAGGAGGACGAUGACUUUAACCAACAAGAAGAGCUAGUAAGUGACCAAGAUAUGAUGGAUGAACAGAAUGAAUUCGAACAAGAUUUCGGAGAUGAAUUUACUGAGGGAGCGUAUUUUUCUGAAUCUAAUCAGUCAGAAGAUAUCCUUGAAGCUGCUUAUGCGGUUGACUCCAUGCAAAACAUUACAACUUUGAAAUUUAGUGAAAAUUUUGCGGAGGAAAUUGGCAAAUAUCACUUUUCUACUUUGCAACUUGCAUUUGAUUUUUAUCUGAAGUACUCAAAGUCGAAGGGCUUUAGUGCAAGGAAGAGCAAGACCUUCAAGAAUAGUAUUGGCAAGAUUUACAAACAAAAGUUUGUAUGUCAUAGGCAAGGAUUUAGGGAGGAGAAAUAUUACACGAUGGAAAAAAGGAAGAAGGAGCCUAGAUUGGAAACAAGAACUGGAUGUGAAGCUCGAAUGGAUGUUAAAUUUGUACCAGAAACUGGAAGGUGGCAUAUCUUUUAUUUCUCUGACAAACACAACCAUGAUCUAUUGGAUACACAAUUCAGUGCUAUGUUGCAUGCCCACAGAAAAAUGUCAGAGGAAGAUAUUAUGCAAAUGGUGAACAUGCUAAAGUCAGGGAUUAGCACUUCACAGAUAUUUGGUCUUCUAGCUAGUCAAGCAGGCGGGUAUGAAUUUGUUGGCUAUGGUCCCAGAGAUAUGUACAAUGUGAUUGAAGGAUCCACAAUUAUAUUUCAAGGCAUAUCAUGAUUCAAGAGGUUUGUUACGUAACUUGUUCUGGUCUGAUGGGAUUAGCCAACUAGACUACCGACUCUUUGGGGAUGUUAUUGCUUUUGAUGCUACGUACAAGAAGAACGAGUAUAAUUGUCCAUUAGUCAUAUUCAGCGGGGUUAACCACCACAACCAAACAAUUAUUUUUGCUACUGCGUUAGUUGUGGACGAAACUACUGAUACAUAUAUUUGGCUCCUGCGUCAGCUCAUGUUUGCAAUGAAUGGCAAGACCCCGACCUCAAUAAUAACUAAUGGGGCCAUGGCGAUUAGGAAUGCAGUGAGAGAUGUAUUUCCCGAAGUCAGACAUAGAUUAUGCGCUUGGCACCUUAUUCGAAAUGCAACUAGCAAUGUUGGAAAUCCAUCGUUUACAUCUAAAUUCAGAAAAAUCAUGUUGGGAGACUAUGAGAUUCCCGUGUUUAAGCGUAAGUGGGUUCAGCUUAUUGAAGAAUUUGGCCUUGAGGAUAAGCCGUGGGUGAUCAACAUGUACGAAGAGAAGCAUAUGUGGGCUACUGCAUAUAUAAGAGAAAAAUUCUUUGCUGGCUUUAGAACUACCUCAAGAUGUGAAGGUUUACACUCAGUUGUGGCAAGGUAUGUGGGGUCGCGGUAUGAUUUGACAAGUUUUGUAGAGCAUUUUCAAAGGUGUGUUGCACACUUGCGCUUUUAAAAAAUUUAAUGCUGAUUAUGAAUCUACACGUGGGGUGCCCGUCAUGCAGACUUGUAUAGAGCUGCUAGAGAGAUAUGCUGCUGAGUUAUACACUCAUGAGAUAUUUCUUUUCUUUCGGGCAUUUCUCUCUAUAGCUGGAUCAAUGCGGGUGCUAAACAUAGAGAAUAAUGAUGAUUGCAUAAAGUACAUUAUGUGUAAGCAUGGGAGGCCCGAUUUUAUGUAGACCGUUGAUUUUCGUCAAGAAGAAAUGAUCUUCAUGUGUACCUGUUUAAGAAUGGAGUCAUUUGGAAUUUCCUGCGAACAUAUUGUGAAAGUUCUGGUUGACAAAGACAUUUGUGAGAUUCCCCGGUCAUUGGUAUUGGAUAGAUGGACAAAAAAGAUUAAAUCAGCACUCAAUGAUCCAAGUCGGUUCACCAGGGAUGCUGUUGUUAUUAGUCGUCAAAGUGCCUUGAUGGAAUUUUCUAAACAAUUGGCUGCUGUUGCUGCUAAAGUACCAGAGAUAUAUGAAGAGACACAUGACCUAAUUAUGGGAUUGUACUCAUCUUACAAGGCUGCAGACGAAGGCACUAAUCAACCACAGUCAGGUGUAGCUAAAAGUAGCAAUCCGUAUGUGCAUCAAAGCGGUGUAGGCUCAGGACAACCAUCUAGGAAGAAGCGGCAACGUUGUAGUGUUUGUCAAAUGGAAGGACAUAAGAAGACAACAUGUCCUUGGCAAAAGGACAUUGACAACAACGUUAUUGAAGAUGAAGCUAAUGGUUCGGAUGAUGGCGACGUAUAUCCAGAACUGACGGCUGAGUUAGAUAGUGAUAAUUAGCCACCUCCAUAUACUUAAUAUUUUUGCGGAAUGAAUCAGUUCCAUAUUUGUAUUUAUUUAUUUUUUGCACUAUAUUAAUGAAAUUAUAUAUAUAUUCUUCCAAUAGUUGUGCGUAUGCUUUUUAGAUGAAAUAAUUGUCAACUAAAUAUCGGUUUGCGAAAAAGGGUAAAAAAAUCGGUCAAACCGGCAAUGUAAAUGAUCUGGUCUAACAUUUAAAACCGUCAAAUUGAAAACCGUUGAACCGGCCAGUUUGACCGGACCGUGCUAUCCGACCGGUUCUUAAAAAGGACGCCGGUUUGAUUAAAAACAACACCAAACGCGUAACGCGUCAACCCCCCUUCCCCUAACUCCCUCCCCCCUUCAUUCUUCAUUCAGAAUCAGAAUCAGAAAAGCAAAUCUUCAAAGUCUGUAUAUUAGGGUUCUACCGGUAACGUCCGUUGUUGUUGGUGCCUCCGCGACCUCUUCCUUCUUUCUGACUAAAAGUAAUUAAAAUACGAAAAAAAGUGUUAUCACUUAGACUUUUUUUUCACCAUGUCUCUCAUUGACUAGGGGUGCUCAAAACCGAUCCAGACCGAACAAAACCGACUAAUCGAACCGAAAAACCGAAAAUCGAAUAAACCGAAAACCAAAAAAACCGGAAAAAUUAUGUUUUACUGUUUUUUUACGGUUCGGUUCGGUUUUUGGUUUUGCCACUAAAAACCUGAACCGAACCGAACCGGUCAAAUAGAAAACCCAAAAAAACUAUUAGAAAGCUUGGUCGGAAAAUUGGACCGGACCGGUCGGUCGAACCGGUCUGAUCGUAAACCGGAAGCUUAGGCGGUUCGGUUUACUAGCAGAAACCGUUGUUCUAAAAACUGGAUACAAACCGUUGAACCGGCUAAAAAUCGCCCGGUCAAACCGGACCAGAACCCGGCCGGUUUACUAGAAACGACGCCAUUUCCUUUGUUGAAAGGAAAAAAAAGGGAUUGCAUGCGUUUGGAUCCCUUCUCCAACUCCUUCCUUACUCCUUACUCAUCAACAAAAUGCCCUAGCCUCCACCAAAGAAAUCAAACCCUAGCCUCCACCAAUCUUGUCGCAGUCUGUCGGAGUGAGAGACUACUGCUGCUGCCUCCGUCGGACUCAAGAACUUCCAUCUUCGUGCUAUCGGCGUUCGUUACUUCGCUCUCACCAUCCCCUGUUCACUCUCAUCAGUCACUUGUUCGCUCUCCAUCCCCUUUUCGCUCUCAUCAGUCGCCUGUUCGCCAUUGUCCAUUGUGCUCAAUCGCUCUCCGUCAUCCAUCGAAGGUCAAUGCUCAAUGCUUGUGCUUGUUCUUCAUGCUUGUUCUUCCAUGGUCAGUGAUCGUCAUUUUUUAAUACUCACUAUUGGUGUUUUUUUUUUCAUUGAUUGAUGAUUAUUGAUUAAGUGAUGUGUUGCUGUUUUGUUUUUUUACUUUGUGCUUGAGUUAAUUGGAUGCUCUGUCAGUGCUUAGUGCUUGUUCUUGGUUGAUUGGGUUUGCUCACUACUCUGGCUUGUUCUAGCCUAUUCUUGAUUAAUUAACUCUGUUACUGGCUUAUUGAUUGAUGCUAAAUUGGUACUGAUAAACUGUUACUGGCUUGUUCUUGGCUUU